AUGGCUAACUUUGAAUGUGCUGGGUGCCCUAACGCACUUGAUAACUCCAUGUCAUUGCAAUGUCACCGAUGCAAUGACAAAUAUCAUGUAGCAUGCACGCGAAUCACAAUGCAAGAUUUUAACGUGAUGAGCUCGGAAAUGAAGAGUUUAUGGAUAUGUGACGUUUGCAGGUGUAAACAACCAAGAGGUGAUCAUUCCAACACUCCAGUUCGAAACUCACCAGUGGAAAUGGAAUUCGUAACUCAACGUGUAAAAAGUCGUUCUAAUUGCUCUUGUUUAUCGACUAGUAAUAUACGUGAAAUAAUAAGAGAGGAAUUGCGCAAUAUUUUUAGUAACGAUUUACAUCCUAAAAUUCACGAAAUAAAAAAUACACUUGCCUCAUUUGAAACUUCUUUGUCGUCGUUAAACCAAGAUAUAGAUAAAAUUAAAUCCGAUCAUGCUAACCAAUCUGCACAAAUGCAACACAUUACUAAGGAGAACGAAACUCUGCGUGCAGCUAACAAGAGUAUCAUAACUCGUCUUACGCAGCUUGAACAGCAGACAUGA